AUGAAUCGUCAAGAGUUGGCCAGUCUCUUGUCGCAGACACAAGCAAUGAUGGCUCCCUCCCGAGCUCCGACACCCUCAAAUCACCAAUCCUUGCCCCUGUCACCGCGCCAGAGGUUUCAAUCAAAUAUCCGGACUUUACACGACAACCCCCCGUCACCUCCUCGAAACGCGGUAAUAACACCUCAGGCGUCGCCUCAAUUACAACACGUCUCGAGUCUACGGGUUCAGCGUGGCAGCAGUUCUCCCCCGACUUGGACAGUUGGCAAGUCUGCCUUUGACACGUUCGAUCAUGGGCCACAGUUUAUCACGGAGGAGCGUGAAGUCUGGGGUAGGCCGCCACCACUCAGAACGAACAAGGCUUUUGUCGAGGGCAUAUCCCACGGGACACAUUCUGGAGACGGCAGUCCUGUCCACCCUCGCAAUCUACGUCCUUUCGCGCCGUCUUCACACUCGCUCGAUGUCAACGACAGACCCAAGACCAGGCGAGGUCCUAAUCCAGGGCCCAGUCCCUUCGGAGAGAAUAAUGCAGACAGCCUACAACAAGAGCAGGAGCACUCUACACGGCCUUCGAAGUUUGCUGAAGGGUCCAUGAAUGAUAGAUCCGCCGGGAUCUCCUCCACUUGGAACGAUCAUGGCUCACUUGCCAGCAUUUCUGGUACUGACGAGUCGGACAACGACACAACACCACGCCCCUCACCACAAACCUCCUCAAUCGACGUCAUUGAAUUCAACCCUCAGCCCGUGGCUGUUCCGACCUUUACCCAACGCCUGUUCAAAUUAGGUACCAAACCCAGGCCGAAAGAUGCCUCCAAGGCGGAGGUGAUGAAGACCGACCAAGAGGUCCAGACUGUGAGAAAGAAGAAAGGGCUCCGGAAAAGCAUGUCUCUGUGGAAUCUCCACGGUGACAAGAAGAAGGCCGCUGCGAGUCAAAUCGAUCUGGAUGACACGAGCCCUCAGAAGAGUAGUAUUGAUGUGGCUAAUGAUCGCAAAAGACGAGCCGAGGAGGCAUAUUCUCAACAAUUUGGCAUGAAGCGGAGAAAGUCCAAUGUUGCUCUCGCGACUUCAGAUGACGAAUCCCCUGAAAAGCCUCCAGUCGCACCACGAGGCCGAACCCCUUCAUGCAGUAUUCCUGAUAAGGCCAGACGACGGCUGAGUUGGUCGUCCUCUACCGUUGCCUCAGCCGAGUCUACGACGUUUGACGGUGUUCACGACAUCGACCUCCAAAAGCGGCCGAGUCGUCGAGAAUUGGAAAAGGAAAACCGACAGCUUCGAGCCAUGUUGAAACAGCAACGAGAAGGUGCUCGGGUGAAUGCUGUGAAUAUUGAGCCGAUAACGCCGUCUUCAACACUCUUAUCCCUAAAAUCACCAGUUUCUUACGAAGCGGACAAUGCACCUCUGCACGAGUCCUCCACCAAGAAGUCAAGCCGGGAAAAUCUGGGAGUGUCGCCGCCACCGGUCCCACCGGUACCUUCGACUGAACGAGCAGCCUUGCAGCCUCUGAGUAACACCAGAAAUGUGCCUCGGAAGAUAUCAAGCCAAGAUGACCUCAAGACCGUUCCUGAAGACACUCUCGAGCGUGGUCGGCCCCUAAGCGCACAGCCCAGGAAAGCAACAGCAAAGCAUAGCAGGCGCGCGUCACUCGCUAGAGGCGCAGAGCUCCCACGUGCGGUAUCCAUGAUUUUGGAACAAGAUGAAGGCUCAGAUGCGGAGAAGAAGCCGACGAGAGAGAAUUUGCACCCAAUGAAGCAUAUACCCAAGUUGAUCCCAACUCCAGUUGGAAGCCCAAAGAGGGUUGCUGCGGCAAAGGAAGUCAAGGUCCACGAAGAUGUUGCUGUGCAGGCCAAAGCUGUAAGGCGCGAGAACUGGGAAUGGCCUGAUGAUGUAUUCUAA